ACAGCUGUUUCCAGCUCUUUGUACCCGAGAGAGGUGAUAACAAAAGACACAAUAUUUUGCCAGUCAGUUUACAAACAAUUCCCAAAGCAAAAGGAAGCACAGCGAUAAGCCUAACAAUGAAAACCUUCACAUCUCUAAUGCUGACCUUGGUGUUGGCCUUUCUCGGUUCAGACUCUAGCUGCGCUUACUCCCCCAGAGAGGAUGCCAGAAUUAUCAAGGAAUUAAAGAGACAAGAAGCACUAAACCACGCCAAGAUCGCCAGGGAAUUGGUUCAUCGUGCAUCAUGGGCUGCCUUGGGCAGCAUCUCCACCAACAAAGCCGUAGAAAAUUACCCAAUGGUCAACAUAAUCUCCAUAGAUGACAGCGAUGCCAAUGGCAACUCCACCGGCAAGGUGCACUUUCUGCUAACCGACUUGGAUUUCACUGGACCGGACUGGCAGAAGGACAAUAAAGUUACUUUCAUGUUCUCCGACGAACAAACCUUAAGGUGCAAGGACGCUGGCCAGGAUCCAAUGGAGCCCACAUGUGCCCGUGCCAUGAUCAGUGGCCAGGUAAUAAAGAUGGAUCCCAAUGGUACCAACUAUCAGACCGCCUUGAAUGCCUUUACGAAGCGCCAUCCAGCAGCCGUCCAUUGGUUAGCGGCCCACACAUUCUACCUAUGCGCCUUGGAUAUUAAAAACAUCUAUGUGCUGGACUUCUACGGAGGUCCCCACCAGGUCAGCGCCUCGGAUUAUUAUGCCAUUAAGCUGUGAAACGAGAUUAAUAAGCAGGAUUGUUUUGAAAUGAAAAUUCAUUGUUUCAACGAACUGCACAAAAAUGAUUAAGGAGAAAAGACAAAGCACACGCGCUGCCACUUAUCAGUUAAGCUCUGUGAUUUCCUGUCAUGGGCAUUGUCUUUGCACAAUAAAUAUAAGGGAAAAAUUGCAGGAAAAUAAUAUACGUAGGUGGUUAAGGUGAACGCACAUUAGCAAUCUUUAAUAUGUAACAAUUCAAACCCUAGCAAUAAAAGUAAAUCAAUUCUUGUUGGUUAA